GGGGGAGGGGUGGGGAGCCGUCACGUGACCACAGCUGACCGUUACCAGGCGGCCGCGAGCCGGGGGUUUGAACCGAGCGAGUAUCAUGUACUCCUUUUCCCGAUGGAGAUCGUCAGACACAGUGAAGACACACUGAGGACAGCCCUGGUGUCUAACAAAGGGGACCUCAUCGAACUAUACCAGAAAUUCAGUCCAGGAGUGAAGCGUCUCCUGGAAGAAGCCUUCGGUGCGGAUACCACCACCCUCUUCAAACCCAUUGAGUUGCAUUCGGAAUCUGACUGGAUCCGGAGUCAUUCAGAAGCAAAGCAGGAUUUCUACAUGUUUUGCAGCAGCCAAUCCAGGCUGUUGCCAGUUCCUGGGAAAAGCACUAUUUACAUUCAGGCUAUUGGUGUAUUUGGAGAUUUGGAGACGACCACCAUCAAGUAUAUUAAUUGGUUAAAAGAAUACUGCGAGAGAUUUUACUAUGGUCUUAAAGUCAAACUCCUGCCUCCUGUUCCAGUGUCUGCCACUGCCUGUACAUUCCGUGUCAAUACAUACUCACACAACCUGCAGAUUUAUACAGCUCAUAUUCUCAAAUACCUGAAGAACAAAAAGCCGAAGGAUGCUUUCUGUAUUGUUGGAAUUACAAUGAUCGAUCUUUAUCCUGAAGACUCCUGGAACUUCGUGUUUGGCACAGCAUCCCUUACGGAAGGAAUAGGCAUAUUCAGCUUUGCUAGAUACGAUGAUAAUUUUUACACAGCGGGCUACAAAGGAAAGCUGAAGAAAAAUAUACAUCUUGAUCCUAAGGAUUACUCAGUCUUUGAUGGGUACUACACACCACCAAUCACAAGCAAAUUGCUUCUUAGGUCAUGCAAGACUUUAACCCAUGAGAUUGGACAUAUUUUCGGCAUCAAGCACUGCCAAUGGCUGCAGUGUAUUAUGCAAGGUUCUAACCAUCUCGAGGAAUCUGAUCGGCGACCAAUUGAUCUUUGCCCUAUUUGUUUACGAAAGCUGCAUUAUGCUAUUCAUUUUGACAUUAAAAAGAGAUACAAGGCCUUACUGGAGUGGAUUGAGCAAAAUUCGAAUCCUAAUGUGGCAACUACAGCACCUUUAGACAAGCCCAUGGAAGCAUUCGAAGAAUGGAAAAAAUGGCUAUUACUGUGUUUGCAAAUUCUGGAGGAAUGA